AUGCGACUACUGAGCCAGUCGCUUUUACGCAGCUACGUCUGCCCAUCAUGCCGGUCUAGUUUGACAAAAGGCMCCCGCCGAGCCUUCUCGAACACCCCAAAUGUCCGGACAACUCCCGACAUCUACGAUGUCGUCUGUGUUGGCGGGGGUCCUGCAGGUCUCGCUCUGGUCGCUGCUCUUCGGGCAUCUCCAGUUACUUCCAACCUCAGAAUCGCAUUAAUCGAGAGCCAAGACCUCAACAAAUCGCGUACCUGGAACCCGCCGGCGAGCGAAUUCUCCAAUCGCUGCAGCAGUCUCACACUUACAUCGGUCUCAUUUCUACAAAAGAUUGGCGCCUGGAACCAUGUCGACAAUUCACGCGUUCAGCCAUACCAUGAAAUGCAGGUAUGGGACGGACAGACCGGGUCGAAGAUAUCCUUCGACUGGUCGGUGGACACAUCGCCAUUCGAGGAUAUACGGCCGGUGGCUACGAUGACGGAGAAUGCCAAUCUUGUCCGAGGCCUGUUGCGUCGAAUUCAGGAGUUAGAGGAGACUAAUGGUAGUGGUAACGGCUCGCUUUCAAUAUUCUCCAACACAAUGGUAUCAUCCAUUGAAAAUGGGUCUCAAAGUGCAGACGGUCCCAAUCUAUCAGCUUGGCCUGUCGUGUCCCUGAAAGCAUCUCCAACAUCAACUUCGUCAGUCUCCGGACCUAUCGCUGCACGACUUCUCAUCGGCGCAGAUGGAAUCAACAGUCCCGUCCGCUCUUUUGCCGACAUCACGACAAGCGGAUGGGAUUACGACCGCCACGGCGUUGUCGCAACCCUCUCUCUCUCGGACGAAUUCUCCUCUCUCCUAAACACUCGCACAGCAUACCAACGAUUCCUCCCCUCACUAGGCAGCCCAAUCGCUCUCCUCCCCCUUCCCAACAACAAAGCCACCUUAGUCUGGUCCACCAAACCCGAAAACGCAGCAUAUCUCAAAUCCCUUCCCGAGGAAGCGUUCCUGGCCAUGAUCAACGCCGCAUUCCGUCUCUCAAUGACCGACCUUACAUACAUGCUCUCUCUCGACCCCUCUGCCACCGUCGGCAGUCAAAGUCAACAUGAAGAAGAACUCACCUGGCGACUCCAACACACCCCUCAACCUCCCUACAUCCCACCAUUCGUCACAUCUAUCCAACCCAACACCACAGCCUCCUUCCCCCUCCGCUUCCGCCACGCCUCAUCCUACAUCUCCCCUCGCAUCGCCCUUGUCGGCGACGCAGCACACGUAAUCCACCCCUUAGCCGGUCAAGGCCUCAAUCUCGGAAUCGGCGACGUCGCCUCCCUCAGCUCCACAAUCGAGUACGCCGUCAACCACGGCAUGGAUAUAGGCGACCAUUUGGCGCUGGAGCCGUACAUGACAGCACGGUAUGCCGCAAACACGAAGAUAGGCGCUAUGUGCGAUAUAUUACACAAAUUGUACAACGUGCCUGGUAACGGGCCUAUACCGUUUGUGCGCAGUCUGGGAUUAGGGGUUGUUGAUCGCGUGCCGUGGCUGAAGGGAUUUGUUAUGAAGCAGGCUGAUUAA